AAUCAACGAGAUUUCUCUUCUCUUUCCAACAGUGGCACAUCUCCACUUCCGGCCUAUGACUUUCCUAUAACGAUAUAUCUAUGAUCAAACGAUUCGAAACAAAAUCAGCACUGAAUUCCACAAAACAAAAUACAUACGUUACCUUCUAUGCCCUAUGACACAUAUUUAAAGCUUGAGACAGUGGAAAUCUUUCGAGAAAAAUUCGUCGUAGUUCCCGCGUUCGAAACUAGAUAGCGGAAGUGGUUUAGUGGCGCUGCAAAGUUCGGAACGUUUCCCUCCAAUUUUACAGUUUGACCAGCGGUGCACUUGUCGCUUCUUCUCGAUCGCGUCGCGUAGCGUCAAUUAUAAUUCUCGUCGCAAUAAAACUGUUACUUGUCGUGUUGAGUCGUUAAUAGUGCUAGAAGAUCGGUAACAUUCUGUCUAUUCGAUUGUCAAGUGUUGAAAAGUGCAAAACUAAUGUAAUCGGUUUUACAAAGUUCGAAGAUCCCAUAGCAGGACGCCGUGUCAAUCGUUUUCAUAUUUCCAAAGAAUUCCACGACUAUUCACGUAUUUCAUCGUUUGCUGAUCAAAGGUUGCGGAGAAAUAAGGGUGACAUUGAUAUAAUUUGUUUGAUCCUCGGUUAAUAUAGUUUCGUCGACAGAUACCGAUCGUUCUAGCAUCGAUAUAUUUCUAAUUGAUCGUGAUAUGUGCAUAAUUCGCACAAUGGGCCUCUCGUAACGGCCAUGACACAUCUAUCUCCGUUGCACAGGUUUAAGUAGAUCGAUUUGGAAUUAUACGAGCUUUGCUUUGCUCUCGAUUUCUAGUCUUUGACACUCUUUCAAGUUAAUUCGAUGCAGAAAUAAUAAAAAGCGACGAUAGAACACGGAAAUUGAUAUACUUUGAAAGGGAAACAUGGUUAAUUGAAUAUUUCCUUACCGAACUACCCAUAAAGAUAAUAAAAUAUGUAUCGACAAUUUUUCUAUUUGUCUCUCGUUUCGUCAACUUCUUUUUUUUGUUACUUUUGCAUCGAUCCUACGAAUCCAGUUUCUUCGCACAACGCGCCGCAAAUGAGUUCUCUAUUUUCAACGCCCUAAAGCACUUUAUUUCUCGUGCGUAAGCAUCUUCCUCGAUUCGAAUAUAAAAACGUUCAUUGACGGCCAUUGGCGUCUUUCAAUCGGGUACGCUUCCUUCAACAUUUUCUCCUUCUUAUUAAACUACUGUAAUGGAAAGUCAGGAAAAGUGUCCGAACGAAAAAAAAAAAAAAAGAAAACGUAAUGAAAAGAAAAACCAACAACGAAACAAUUACUACAAUUAAAUUUAUACCAAUCUGCAUCUAGUUUGCUAAACCCUAGCGCUGUGCGAAUCAGUGUCUCGCGAAAUAGGCCUAAAAUCCGUCUGUCAACACCUAAAACAACACACUUCUUCUAACGCUUAUUGUAAAUAUAUAUGAUAUACAUAUAUAAAUAUAUCCUUCCUAUUUCCUCGUGCACGUUGCCUUUCGCUGCAACACAAUCUUUGUCUGGAACAACACGUAAACCUCAGUCCUAUGACGUAUGAAAGUUAUAAAAGACAAAAAAAAGAAAAAAGAAAUGGUUAAUAAAUGAAAGAGGGGAAUUAUGUCGCGAAUGCGGAAGCAUCGUAAGUCUGUUAAAAUUGUACGAAACGAUAAGAAAGAAUGUUAUCAUGCGAAGCAUUGUGUCUGGGAAUAUGUAAUUUGUCUACUCUGUCGGUAGACGUCGAUUUGUGUAAUUUAUACGUUCGCAAAAAAAGUGAAUAGACAUUGGGUAAUGUUAGUUUUAUGAAAACUGGAAACUGGAAAUGAGCUUUGGGUAAUAAAUGGAACAAACAAAUACGAUUUUUCAACGAUGGUGUCAUUUAUUGUACACUCUCUCUUAUCGACGUAGUUCACUGCACGCGAGAUAAAUGAUUUCUUUAAUUGAUUUCUUUAAUUGAAACGAAACAACUGGAUAAAUCGUUUAGAUAAAUAGUUAGCUUUUCAAUUGGAAGCCUAGUCGUUCGUUACGUAAAUUCUAUCACCCGGCAUUUUUUGUUAUCUUGUUAUAGAAAAGACUAAUUAUUUAUAUUCUUUACUUUUUCUUUACUUUAUUUUUAAAUUAACAAACGUAAACGUACCGGCCAUCGAUCGCGAAGAUUAAAAUAACUCGUGAAACAGUUUUGCAAACUUUGUAGACGCGUGACGUAUAGCAAGCACGAUAAAGUAACCACAAAAUAUAUUGUAUUCUUGGAACGAUAGCCUUUUAUACUUGGCGACACGUCAUUCCGAAUAGUCUGCACUCACAAACGGGCUGUUUUAUCGCGAAUUUGCAUCCUACGAACGUCAAACGUUUACCGUUCGUAUCGAGUCAAUUUACAGUCCUGAGAUCGGAUAAAUAUUGAAUGUUAUUCCCCGAUGCAGGUGGACGAUCACUUUCAAUCUUACUACUUUCGAUCUUACAGUCCUGAAAACGCGACGAUUGACAAACCACAAGUAGCACAAAUGUUAAGGUUAUACCACAAAAAUCGGUCGUACGGUCGAUGGCAACGGGCUUCGUCGUUGUACGAAUCCAAUGGAGUCCGAGUCGUUGCGGAGGGUGUUUAUCGCGAUCGUUUGAGAGUUUCUACGCGAUCGCGAGUACUAAAGAUCGGUAAAAUAUCCACACAAGGAUGAAAAUCACAAGCUCGUCACGAUGUUACUGCACCGAGCGUUCUACGUGGUUCUACGAGAACGAGGAGAGACGACAGGUGACUGGGUAGUCGCGCCAUGCGCGUUGCUCGCUCCGGCUCGGCGCCGCUCGGUCGCGCUCGCGAGCGGUCGGGUACCUCCGGCGGCUAGUGGUGGGGAGAGCAGUGUAUCCGUGACGUCACAUAAUUAGAGUAAAUACAAAGUAGUCUUGAUGGGACAGCGGCGUGCGCCGCACCGUGAGUCGCUGGUCCGCGCGCGUCAAACCUAUAUCGUUUCGAUACACGCACACCGCGCUCGUGUGUAGCUCGUGUCAUAUCCGCGCUAUGUGCCGUCAGUGUGUGUGUGCCAAAGGAUCCUAGAUGACUGUGGGAAUAGUGAGUGUCAGCCGUGCAGCAAAGAAAUGGAUAAGAUAGAGUUACUGGGCGGUGCUUGCUUCAGCCACGGCCCGUACACGUUUUACAAAGCGGUUAGGGUUGGAAACGGUCGUGUACUGCGUCUGGGGAGCUUCUUCCUGACGAAACUCUGGAGCGAUGCCGACCUCGUCAGCAUCGGGGAGCUACAGCUGCUGUGGAUGGACAGCCGCGGACCGAAUCAACCUCUGGCAUCUUUACGGCUGUACUUCUUGCCGGAGAACACCCCGGACGGUCGAAGGGACAUGCACGGAGAGGACGAGGUGCUGACGAUAUCGGAGAAAGUGGUGGUCCGCGUCAAUGAUCUCAUCACGUGGUUAUCGCCCGCGUUAGAAUGGUCGUGGGGUCGGGAGGUAUCUUACCCACCAACCCCUACGUCAUCCCCGGAGAGCAGUCCGUUGAGAUACGAGAUACCACAACCGCAGGUGCUCACCGACCCUGGCAUCGAUUUUUCCGACGUCGACAAGCAACAAAAGGAGUACGAGAGCAACGUCAACGUGAGGAAGACGGAAUGCGUCACCCAGACGAAAGUAGUCGUUCUCUCUUACCCGAGGUACUGUCGAUAUCGGGCCCUUCUACGUAGGCUCGAGGGUGCCGAACCGUCCUGGCUUUGCUCGUCCAUAGCAGCCGCACUAGGUGGGUUCACCGCCACACCGGGUACCAGGGUACUCUUCUGCAGGGACACCUUCGACUACCCUGACCUCGAAACUCACGAACUCCUCUGCAAUCAUCUAGCACCAAAAUUGAAGGGACGGCCGAGGAGAAAGCGUAAAAAGCGUAGCGCGUCGCCCGGAGAGUCCAGCAAUGAAAGCGAGGCGUCCGUCGCGUCCACGUCGAAGAGCGUGCCGCCUAAUACCACGAGCCUGGUGGUGUCCAACGUCGGCAGACCACCGUCGUCGGUGGUACGGCGUAGCGAGAGGAACACCAGCGCCGAGGAAAAGAAGUUCCUCACGGACGUGCAGAGUUUCAUGAACUCGAGGGGUACGCCUGUCGGAAAGAUGCCACUGCUGGGCUACAGGCAGAUCGAUCUCUUCCUGUUUUAUACAAAAGUUCAGAUGCUCGGUGGCUACGACUCCGUCAGCGCUGGUCGCCUUUGGAAGACCAUCUACGACGACAUAGGUGGUAAUACGGGGAACACCAGUGCUGCGACUAUCACUCGUCGACAUUACGAAAGGUUGCUGUUACCGUACGAGAGGUACCAAAAGGGCGAAGAAGCAAAAGUGAGACUGACGCUUGGAAGGCGUACCAAGACUAGUAGCGUAUCCGAAGAGUCUGAAGACGUCAAACAAGAAACCAACGACCUUUAUUCAUCGGAAAUACCUCCACCCGUAGAAACUAAUCUUACAGCUACGACACCUCCCCUUCAACCAAUUGCAACUACUCCGUUCCUUUCGAGCGAGAAACCCAAAACGGAGACAGGCAAAACGUCGUCCUUACGUAGCGUAAGGGUGAAGCCAGAACGCCUGAAGUCGUUGAACACUAUGAUUGCCAAUAGUACGCCAUCGCCCAGCCAGCAAGCCAAUCAACUGCCAAGUCCACCACCUUCUUCUAAUACGUCGGUUUCAACACCGAGUAGUACACCCUCCACAACGCCCACGAACGGUACCGGAAGUCAAAGCGUAUUGGAGAGACAACUGAACAGUCCUCUGAUAUCGCAGCAAGUCCCACCGUCGUGUUCGCCGCCGGAUCUGCCGGGUCUGCCGGUGACUACGGUAGCAACGAACGCUACUACAGUCGUAACGUUAACUCCGCCGCCGGAGAAAGACAUGAAGGAAAUUAAACUAGAUUCCAAACAGACCACCCUGCUGGCACAGGGUAAGGAGAACAUCCCUUUGUUCGGUGAGAAAUCCAUUUUCGCUGAAAAGGCGAUAGCGCCUCCGAGGUCGCCGGAAGUCAUAGACCUGGAAUCGGAGAGCGACACGAGUAGGGACAAAAUAAUCAUUCCCAGCUUUAAGAAACGUAAACUCGAAAUCUUACGCGAAGGUGGUCUCGAAGUCACUGCCGUUGACCUGGACACACGACCGAGCGUGAUUCAAAGCAAUCCUCCGGCGCCAGCAACGAUGAGAUCCGAGGAGAAAUCGCCAAUAUCUUACCCUCUUCCAGUCACACCCAACUCCAUUCCGAAACUGAUUUCCGUCACUGUGACACCGGACAUAGGGCAUAUGUUGUCGUCGCCGCAAGAACAUCAGCAUCCCCAUCAUCAAGCGCGGUUGCAAGUACCGAACAAACAACCACCCGCUCAUCAUAACAACAAUAAUAACAAUACCACGGUGAACAAUAAUAACGUGGUAAAUAGUCGCGUGAUAAAUCUUGGCACCUCCAAUAAUGCCGCGUUGUUGCAAUUGUACGCGAACGCGAACGUACCGCCGCCUGCGUCUUCAGCGAUGCAUCACCAGGCUAAUCAUCGUUUCGUACCACCCAGCGUUCCCAACGGAAGGAUAUUCCCGCCAAAGGUGACACAAUCGAGGUCGAUGUUCGCGCACAACGAAAAGAUGGUGUACGGAGAUCCGAAGGAUAUCCUCAGUCCUCCGAAGUAUCGUUCCUCGUUUCACCGUUUACCGCAUCAGCAACACAUGAACAAUAAUAACGACUCAAUAGCGCACGGAGGGGUUCUCGAUUUGACGCAAAAGUAUGGCGAUAAACCGGUAUUCCCGCGACCGAGCCUAGAAAUAGUGAAAGUACCUGUAGUGCCGAGGCCUAAUCCAUUGAACUUGGAGAUGAGGAACUCGUCCACGGCUAAAGAGAAACCAACGGACUGUUCGAAACGUGGUACCUUUCCUGGUUACCAGAACGUAUUGGACAGUCGAACCAUGGCUUCGAAUAAUCUAGAAAUCACCAUCGUGAACCCUAAACAAAAAAACAAUCACACGAGUACGCCGACGACGGUUCGCGUACCGAGUCCACCUAAUAGAAGUAACGCGAUGCCUGCGCAGAGAAGACAACAGGUGAACGGAAGGUACACGACAACGAGGAGCGAGCCAGUUUCACCGUACACACCCAGAAAGCCAAUUAGUCAUCCUGUUAUACCGAACGUACCUAAUCUAAAUCAUCUAAAUAGCGGAAAUUCCUAUCCUAGAAUGGAAACAGCCAUGCAGCAACAGAUAAGCAUAGACAGGAGAAAAAACGUGGAGAGCAGCGGUAAGGAGCAACAUCAGCAACGUCGAAUCAGCGAGGGCGACAAGUCGUUAAUGACGCAACAGCACCAGCACCACCAGCAGCAGCAGCAGCAGCAUCAGCAGGAGUCGAGGCAAACCGAGGCUGGAAGGCGACACAGCGUUCCAAGCAUACCUUCAGGUUACGUGCCCACGGUACCUCAAAGCAAUCCAGCCUACCUUCCGCAACUGCCAACAAACACGCCCGGCAAGUUCCUACCGAUUUUGGACCCGAUGUAUUAUUCCGCGUUCUACAACGGUUUAUUCACCCCGCCGCCGAUUCCGCCCACGGCCACCACGUCGUUUCUACCGCCGGAAUUCAGCGCAUACUACAAGGAAUUACUUGCUUCCUCGCAACCAAGACUGGGGAUGGCGGGGCAGAAUCAGCCGACUGCCCCGACGUCUAAGUAGAAAAUGGGAUCUCAUAUGUAGGGUUUCCGACGUAGUAGCGAAUAAUGUCGGUUUCGUUUUCUAAAGACAAAGAUCCGUCGGAUUUUCCUCGCCACGAAUAAUCUAUUUUCGAUUCAAGAAUCAUUCAAGGAGGACUUCCUCGUGCGUGUCAAUAAGGACAAUUUUUUUUUGAGUGAAAAAAAAAACAAAAUGAGAGACCGGACUUUCGAUCAUCGUUUGAACGUUGUCUUUUGGACAGUCUUCUCCCGUAAUGUUCGAUCCGUACGCGAUGCAGGUUGUCCGGUGAUUUGUGACACAAUCGAUUGGGAGUGGAUCCUUCGAAUGAAACAUUAGUGGAAAAUGGAAUUUGGCAAUCGACGCGUUUUCGUAUAUGAAAAAUAGCACUACUACGAAAAUGAUGUAUUUACAAAAAUAUCGUUUGUAUUUUCAAGUACGAGAACUUCUUUUUACUACGUUUUUUUCAUUUUAUGCUAAUAAGUUUUUGACUAUAUCUCUUUGAGGUAAGAUGGAUUAGAAAUUGUUCUACUUGUUGCUUGACUUCAAUAUUUUGUUUAAAGUUCUUCGUUUAGUUGGCAAUGCUAUGAUCUAAUGGUAAACGUUAAAUAAGUAAGACUUGAAUUUGCUUUCUCUUUCAAAUCGCGUGCCUCAAAGAGAUAGCUGGACGAUGGAUCAUCCGUAUACGAUUUUAUCAUGAAUCACCGGACAUCCUGAUUAGAAACGAAAGAGUACAGUUUAAACAAUAGAACGCAAGCGGAGACUGUGAAAGUUCGAAUGCGCGAACGAAUAAUUUACAGUGGAAUAUAGGUGUGUACAUGCAUAUAUUAUGCAAUAAAUUAGGUAGUAAUUUUUUAUAUGUAACAAUAACAACUAGACAAACAACUUUGUUGUAGGUCGAAGAGAAACAAUGAUUCGGUUUGUUUUAAUUCUUCUUCUUUUUUUUUUUACACAUAUAUUUCCAGAGUGUAUUCGAUAUUUAGAGAGAGAGAGAGAGAAAAAAAAAGAGCGUACUAAAGCACUGUGAUAAAGAUCAGAAAGGGAGAAAAAAAAUACUGUACUCAUUGAAUGCAGUUUGACUCUUUUCAUACGAAAAUACCACUUUUCCACGUUCAAUUCUAUCGCGAUCUUUGCUCGUGCGCCUACCAGGUCGGACUAUAAUUUCUUUUCUGAUUUGUAAUUUUUUUUUUUUUUUUUUUAUAAAUUCUCCAAAAGAUUCGAUUCAAUUCUCUGUCGCGUAGUAGGGUCAGGAUUCCUUCAUUUCGAACGUGCGAUGUGAUAACUAAAUAAAUAAAUAUAAUAAAUAAAUAAAUAAAUAAAUAAAUAUAUAUGUAUAUGUGUAUAUGCGAGAUUUUUAGCCGACGGAUCGUCAGAACGUAUAAUUGUUUAUUGUAUAACGAUAAAUCUUACCGUAGCGUAUAUCGAUCGCAAGAACCCUAUAUCUGUAAGUUUAGACAAAUUUUCAUUGUAUCUCUCUUGACACACGUACAUACGAUAUACACAUACGCGCGCGCUAUCACCGUACUCCUAUACACACACACAUACACACAUACACCGAUCCGUAGUCAGCUCUAAAGGAGAAAUAAAUGCACGCAACGCGGUGUUAUUAGCAACGAGACGAAUGUAUAUAAUGUAUAUAAUAAUCACGUAUCCAUUAAGCUAGAUAAAAAGUCCUCAAUGCAUUGUAUCUUUCAACAUUUUACGUAAGAAAAAAAAAACGUGUUAAGGUUUAGCAAGUGUGUACAGGUUGUCUGACUUUUGUGUGGCCCCAACGAUAGUCGUAUCGCUGUAUAAAUAUAUUCUUCGCUAGGGUGCAACGCAAUAUUUUUUGCAGAAUACUUUUUUAGAAGAAGUCUUUUGUACAUUUAGACAAGAAAAAAAAAGAAAAUGCUGCCAAGCACGUUUUCAUUUUCGUCGAUAUGUGUAUGUAUAUGAAUAUAUAUGUAUAUGAAUAUAUAUAUAUAUAUAUAUAUAUAUAUAUAUAUAUAUAUAUAUAUAUGCAUAUAAAUAUAUUUAAACAUAUAUUUAUACGGUAAUAUCGAUAACGGUGAGAAAAAAAUGAGUAUGCGUGCGUGCGCGCGCGUGUGUUUGUGUGUGUGCGUGAGAGAGAGAGAGAGGAAGAGAGAAAAUACGAGCCUUUCUUUUUUAUAUAUAUAUAUAAUAUAAUAUAUAUAUAUAUACAUACAUAUACUUUCGUUUAACGAGAGCACCACCAUGAUCGACUGAUAUGUAGACAUGCGCGCGUGAUCGCUGCCGGAAGCGACCGAACAUCGCGGGCCACCGACAAUUUGGAAUGGAGAGAAGGAAAACAAAAAAAACGACGACGGUAUAUCCAUGUUAAACGUAGACGUAUCGAUAGAAUUUGUUCGUUUUAGGAUACUUCUCUGAUAAAGAAAGCUUAAAAAAAAAAAAUAACAAAAAUAAAAUAUCAGAUAACGUUAAAGCAUUCGUAACCCUAAGACGUGUACGUACAAGAGUGUAUAAAGGUCUUCGCCUGACCGUUCAUAGCAAAAAUCAAGAUUUCUAUAUCGAUGUCUUUCAAGAAUAAGUUGUUCGUGCUGCACGCAGGCAGAGAUGGGUAAAUUUAUUAUCUAGAUAAAAAUUGUGAAUGCAUAUUGAUCAUCGAACGAUGUCUUUCCAAUCGUUUUAUUAAAAAUUCUUUCGUUCUUCGGUCGUAUUAAACACGAAAGGUAUCGUUCGAUUAUUAUUUUGCACCGAACAACCAUUGGACUUAAAAGAUAACGCUCGAUCUGUUAUUUGUUCGAUAAAAAAAAUCACGAUACGAAUUGUAAAACGAAGUUUAUAUACAGGAUGUACGAAAAAUGUUGGAGGUCCUUGAAAGGAGUGGUUCGGGGGAUGAUUUGAAACAACUUUUUCCUUAGCGAAAAUAAUGUUUCAAAUCACCCCACGAACCACCCCUUUCAAGGACCUCCAACAUUUUUUAGGCAUCCUGUAUUUCAUUGAAUUACGAAAUGGAACUAUUUAUUUCAUUCUCUAGUUGUAUUAUAUGAAAUAUAUAUAGAUAUCGAACGAGUAAAAGUUUCUCUGGAUAACUUCGUUGAAAUAAACAUUGAGAAUAAAUUUCAAUGGCUAUUUAUUAUACUGUACGAUUAAAUUGUGGGAGAUACUCGAUUCUGCCACAGAAAUUUCAAUUUUUAUUUAACUGGUGAAUAGAGUCCGUGCGUUUAUCUUUUAUUCGUUAUUUGACAUUUUUAUCUAGAUUAAGUAUUUUGCCCCUUACUGGUCGCGACUCACGUACGUGGUUUUAUUUUCCGGAGAGAUCGUCCGGUGACGCCCGACGCGUUUAGAAUCAGAAAUCUUUUUUUUUUUUUUUUUUUCGAUUCAAUUCGAAUCAUAUGUAUUAUUAUUAUUUUUGUACAACGAAUACUUCUCGUCUAGUAUUUUCUUUUCGCGGGGGGUGUCCUCUCUUAUUCGAACGGUGCUGUGUUUGCAAAGUAUUUCCGGCGAAACACGUUUUGUAUAUUUUGUUCAUAAUUCUCGUGGAAACGAUAUAUCGGUUGUUCAACAGGAGACUGUCGACAGCGCGAAGGAAUUCAACGAUUUUAACACAUUCGAGAGACGAUGCCAUUAAAUAUUAUUACGAAACUAUUCCCAGUAGUCGAUAUUUUGAAGUGGGAUAGGCUGAUUCGUCGAUUUCGAAUGUGUUGAAAUAGAUGUUCGCGUUCCAGUCCGACGAACCGUAAUCGAAGGUAAAAAGACUUUUGAUUUCGACGAGUGCGUUGUAUAUAGAAGACGAGAUAUAUGUUGCUGUUGCGAUUAUGAUAAUAAUUCGUUUCAACAUCGGCUGAGAUAAGUGAAAAAGAAACGUGGAUCGAGUAAACGGCACAAGGGUUUAUUUUUUCUUUUAUUACGAAAGGGCCGAAAAAGAAUAGAAGGGGCUUGUACGAGAAUACGUGCCAUAAAACUGCUUAGAUAGUGACUUUGAAAAAAAUCGAACGAUAACGACCUUCGUUUAUAUGUGCUUUUAACGAGCCCUUUAUCGAUUAGCGAGGGAGAGUAAGGACGAUAGUAGAGAAUGAAAGUUUAAACGAUUAAAAAAAAGAAAAAAGAAAAAACGAAAGUGCAAAAUUCCAUACCGGAAGAUUUUUUUAUGUAAUUUCAGUUUUGUUUUGUUACCGUGAUUGUUUUGUAUCUCAAAUUGUAGCGUGAGACAGAGUGAAAGCUGUAUAAUGAAAUGUGUAUGAAUGAGAACGCAGCGAGUGAGAUAGAGAGAAAAUUAGUGAACGAUUAAUAUUCAAACAAAAUCAGAAAAAAGUCUAUGUUCGUUUUUUUCUUUUGCGAGUUUUCUCUUGAUUUUUUUAUAUACGUAGCAAGUGACUUUUUAGCGUAACAUCUCGUUUCCCAAUUUAAUAAUAAUUAUUAUUAUUAUACGAUACAAAAUAUUUUUUAUUAUAUGGGCAUUUCAGUUCCUAAAUUGGAAAUAAAAUAUCUACCACGAA